AAUAGCCCAACGAUACUAGCCAGAAAAUUUUUUUUUCAGUGUGUUCAUUUCAUUCAUCAAAAAAAUAAAAUAUAUCUCCAUUUUGGGUUAAAAGUGAAUCUCCCUCAUAUCUUGAUUAAAUCAUCAUCAUCAUCAUAAUCGCAUCAUCCAAUUAUAAUAACGUUUUCUAAUCAUUGUUUAUCAAACAUACACACACACACCCAUAUUGUAAAAUAAUUUUUUGUACACAACAUUCGGGUUUUAUUUGAUCCGAUUUUUUUUCCUAAAAUUCUAAUCACAUUCAUUCAACAAAUAAUCAUCGAAUUAAUAUAAAUGUCAACUAUUAAUAAUCAAUUAAAAAUGUCAUCACAGACAACAACAACUACUCCAAGUACUAGUUGUAGUUGGUCAUCAUUGAUCCAUUCAUUUGGAACCAAAUUUAUUCAUCUAUUUAUUGUGUUCUUGUUUCUAUUCUUGUCAUUAACAUUAUGCCAAAGGUAUCCUGACCAUCAUCACCAAAGAGAAUAUGAUGAAUAUGAUCGUAAUGCUAGACAGCAACGUGUCGGCUAUAAUAGUAAACCAUAUUCACAUGAUGUUUCAUAUUUUAAAUUGAAUGAAACAUCCAUCACCAGUACCAGUAAUGAUCAUCAUGAUUCACAACAAAAACAACGACCAGUGCCCAUAAAUCCUGUCAAUGGUCGUUCAUCAUCAUAUGAAUGGUCACGUAAUAGUGGUUAUCCACAAUCAUCAUUAAAUCAUCGAAAUUAUUAUGAAUCACAUCAUAAAAGUCGUGUUACCGAUGAUAAUCGUAAUCAACAGAUUGUAUCUAAUCGACCAUCGGUUAUUGGUGAUGGUGGUAAACAUAUGCCCGGUCCAUUUAUAUGGUAUAAUGAUACAUUUCAUUGGGCUGAAAAUCGUUCUCGUGGUUAUGAUCCAGAUCUGGAUGGUCCAACACUGGCACCACCCACAAUUGAACAUACAUAUGAUGAAGAAGAUUGGGAUGGAACCGACCUCAAAAGUCGACAUAAAUUCGAUGAUCGUCAUCCGAUGGCUAUUUAUCCAUCUGGUCGUUGCGAUGAUUUUCAAGCUUGUUAUCCGGCAACCGGUAACCUAUUGAUUGGUCGUGAAGAUCGAUUAAAAGCAUCAUCAACAUGUGGCCUACGGCAACAGGUCCGUUACUGUGUCGUUAGUCAUUUGAAAGAGAAGAAAAAAUGUUUCUAUUGUGAUUCGAGAGAUCGAUUCAAAGGAACGGCAAGAUAUCAUGGAAUUGAAAAUGUUGUAUCACGUGUUGGACAAAAACGGCGACAAUUCUGGUGGCAAGCAGAGAAUGGUGUGGAAAAUGUUUACGUACAAUUCGAUUUGGAAGCAGAAUUUCAUUUCACACAUUUAGUAAUGACAUUUAAAACAUUUCGUCCAGCUGCAAUGCUUAUCGAACGUUCACAUGAUUUUGGCCGCACAUGGAAAGUAUAUCAAUAUUUUGCCUAUGAUUGUGGUGCAUCAUUUCCUGGCAUACCAUUGGGUCCUCGUAAUCGUAUUACCGAUUUGGUUUGUGAUUCACGAUAUUCAAAUGUCGAGCCAUCCACUGAAGGUGAAGUGAUUUUUCGUGUGCUGCCACCGAACAUUCAUAUCGAUGAUCCAUAUUCAAAAGAGGUUCAAGAUAUGCUUAAGAUUACUAACCUACGAAUUAAUUUCACACAAUUACAUACAUUGGGUGAUAAUCUAUUUGAUCCACGUAUUGAAGUGAAAGAAAAAUAUUAUUAUGCUAUCUAUGAUAUGGUUGUACGUGGUUCUUGUUCCUGUUAUGGUCAUGCUAGCCGUUGUAUACCAAGUAAUCAUGAAACCAUACCAGAUAUGGUUUAUGGGCGUUGUGAAUGUACUCAUCAUACAAAAGGAUUGAAUUGUGAACUUUGUGAAGAUCUUUAUAAUGAUCUUGAAUGGAAACCGGCUAUCGGACGUCAAACAAAUGCCUGUAAAAAAUGUGAAUGUAAUAAUCAUGCAAGUCGAUGUCAUUUCGAUAUGGCUGUAUAUCAGGCCAGUAAUAAUAUUAGUGGCGGUGUUUGUGAAGAUUGUCAGCAUAAUACAAUGGGCGUUCAUUGUGAAAGAUGUAGGCCUUCGUUUUUUCGAGAUCCAAAUCGUCGUCUCGAUGAUCCUUAUGUUUGUCAACAAUGUGAUUGUGAUCCACGUGGUUCAAAAGAAGAAGGAAAUUGUGACCCAUAUACAGAUCCAGCUUUAGGUCUAGAAUCUGGUCGUUGCAGCUGUAAAAAAAAUGUUGAAGGUCGUCGUUGUGAUCAUUGUAAACCGGGUUUCUGGAAUCUACAUGAAAUUAAUCCAGAUGGCUGCGAACCUUGUUCAUGCAACCAGAUGGGUACCGUCGGUAAUCAUGGUUGUAAUAUCAACACAGGUGAAUGCGUCUGUAAACGCAAUGUUGUUGGGCGUGAUUGUAAUCAAUGUGCGCCUAAUUAUUAUGGUUUGGGUGUGGAUGAAGAAGGUUGUAAAUUCUGUGAUUGUGAUCCAGGUGGAUCAUAUUCACCGGAUUGCGAUCAGGAAACUGGCCGCUGUAAUUGUCGUCCACAUGUAACCGGUAGACGCUGUGAUCAACCUGAACCUGGUUAUUUUGUUCCAUCACCUGAUUAUCUUACAUUUGAAGCUGAAGAUGCUAAAACAAUACAAGGAUCACCGAUAAUAACACCACGAAAUUAUGAUGAACGUAUGCAUUGGACUGGCGAAGGAUUUAAUCGAUUACCACCAUAUUCAGGAAUUGAAUUCACAAUCGAUAAUGUACCUAUUUCGAAAUAUUAUGAUGUAGUUGUUCGUUAUGAACCAGAAACAUCGGGUCGUUUCAAUAAUGCUCAACUUAUGAUCAAACGGCCAUAUGGUACAGAUGUAUAUGGGCCAUGUGGAAAUUAUUCCACAACAAAUGAUAUUCGUACCAUAAAUUUAUCGUCAAAUGAACGUACAGCAAUUGCCGAUUCUAUUUGUCUGGAAAAAGGUCAACGUUAUCAGAUGGAAUUGAAUGCAAAUGAAUUUGAACGACCAUCAUAUGGUAAUGAACAAAGUCCUUCCAUUCUAAUUGAUUCGAUUAUAUUGAUUCCGAAAGCAAACGAUAUACCAUUUUUAAGUGGUGGUACGCCAGAAAAUCAACGAAGACAAUAUGAAUAUGAACAUCGUUGUCUAAUGCCCUAUUAUAAUUUGAAUCGUGCACCAGAAGUUGAUGAACAUUGUCGUAAAACAUUGAUGAGUGCUGGAUUCUAUACGUUCGAUGGAGCACAACCAUGUAGUUGUAAUCCAACCGGAUCAUAUAGUGCUGAUUGUCAACAAUUGGGUGGUCUUUGUCAAUGCAAACAAUAUGUAUCACCACGUACCUGUGAUCGUUGUCAUGUUGGUUAUUAUGGUUUUGGUCCCGAUGGCUGUAAAGCUUGUGAUUGUCAUCGUAUUGGUGCAUUAGAUAAUGAAUGUGACCCAAUUACUGGACAAUGCAAUUGUCGACCGGAAACAUAUGGUCGGCAAUGUGAUGAAUGUCAGCCAGGCUAUUGGAAUUAUCCGAAUUGUCAACGUUGUGAUUGUAAUGGAAUGUCUGAUAUGUGUGAUUCGAAAACAGGAAGCUGUAUUGAUUGUCGAGAUAAUACAGCCGGUGCUCAUUGUGAAGAAUGUGUUGCCGGUUAUUAUGGGGAUCCUUUAGGUCGAAUGACCGGAAUGGUCGUUCCUUGUCGCCCUUGUCCUUGUCCAGGUGUUGAAGAUUCCGGAAUGUCACAUGCACAUACCUGUCAAUUAGAUCCACGUACACAGAAUGUUAUUUGCCAUUGUCAUCCGGGUUAUGCUGGGGAACGUUGUGAUCGCUGUGAUGAAAAUUAUUUUGGGGAUCCCAAUUUACCUGGUGGUCAAUGUGUCGCCUGUAAUUGCAGCGGUAAUACUGAUAUCAGUCAACCUGGAAAUUGUGAUCCAAAAACAGGUGAAUGUCUUCGUUGUUUGUACAAUACGGGUGGACCAAAUUGUCAAGUAUGUAAGCCAGGCUAUUAUGGUAAUGCACUUGACCAUUCUUGUGCCGAAUGUGUUUGUCAUCAUUUGGGAACGGAUCCACGAUCUGCAUUUUGUAACCAAACUACUGGACAAUGUUCAUGUCUGCCCAAUGUUGAAGGAAUUUCCUGUAAUCGUUGUGCCGAUAAUCAUUGGAAUUUAGCCUCACAACAAGGCUGUGAACCAUGUGACUGUGAUCCACAAGGUGCUUUAUCAAUGAAAUGUAAUGAAAUCGAUGGACAAUGUCAUUGUAAAACAACAUUUGGUGGGCGUGCUUGUAAUGAAUGUCUUCCUAAUCAUUAUGGAAAUCCAAGACUUCAAUGUAAACUUUGUGAAUGUAAUUCUGCCGGAUCAAGUAGUAUGCAAUGUCAUAAAGUUACAGGCGAUUGUGUUUGUAUUGAUGGUAUAUCCGGUGCAAAAUGUGAUCGAUGUGCACGCGGUUUUACCGGUAUGGUACCAUAUUGUGAAGCAUGUGGUGAAUGUUUUGAAAGCUGGGAUAACAUAACGAACAUAUUGAAAACGGAAACAUUCCAUUUGUUGGAUAAAGCACGUCAAAUUAAACAGACUGGUACUACCGGAGCAUAUACAAAACAAUUCACACAGAUUGAAUUGAAUUUAGAUGAGAUAAACAAAAUUCUUGAAGGACAAAAUAUCAAUAAAUUCGAUUUGGAACGUGUACAGCAUAUGAUUGAAGAAGCUAAAUCCAAUCUAGCAAAUCUACAGGAAGCAUUAAAUAAUCAUGAACGACAACUUGAAGAUACAAAAACGAAUAUAAUCAAUGUAAAUUUCAAAUUAAAUGCAUUGGCAAAUAAAUCCAUGGAAUUGGAAUUGGAAGCAAAUCAAUUGAAGAAUGAAACAUUUGCUCUACAAGAAGCAAAUGUUGAAGGUGCAUAUAAUAUGACAAAAGAUGCACAACGUCGUAGUCGUGCAUCAAGAAAUAUGGUUGAAGAAUCAAGUAAUAUAUUAACCGAUUCACAAACAAUUCGUCGUAAUACUGAACAAUUAAUUGAUCAACCAAAAGGACAACAUAAUCUAACCUAUCAUGAGAAUGAUCGAAUUCUUCGUAAUAUUCAACAGGAAAUAUCAGAAAUGGAAAAUGGCCUACCAAAUAUUAAUAAUCUUGUUUGUGAUGGAUUCUCUACCAUUGAUCAAUGUGACAAUCUUUGUGGUGGUGCUGGUUGUGGUCGUUGUGGUGGUAUAAGUUGUACACAUGGUGCAACAACAAAAGCAUCAACAGCUGUUGAAUUAGCGAAAAAAGCGGAAAAAGAUUUACAGGAAAAAGAUCGUCACGUCAAAGAUGAACUCCGUCGUAUUAAAGAAGCACGUGAAAAAUCCGAUGAAGCAUUGGAAGAGGCAAAAGCUGCAUUCGAACGAAUAAUGUUGGCUAAAAAUACAUCAACAAAUACGGCUGUCGAAGUGAACAAUCUGUUGGAUCAGAUUCAUAAUUUCCUUAGCGAUGAUGUUGCACAGGCUAAAGAUGUACGAGAAAUUGCCGAAAAAUGUCGACAAAAUACAAUAUCAUUGGAUGAGAAUGAAAUUGCUUUACUUGCAUUAGAGAUUAAUAAAACUAUUGCCGGAUUAAAAGAUAUUGAUCGUAUAUUGAUAGAAACACGUGAUUCGUUGGAAAAAGCUGAACAUCUCAAAAUCAAAGCCGAUCAGGUCAAGAAAAAAGCCAACGACAUUCUAUCCGUUGCUGAAUCAGUGAAACAAGAAUUGAAUAAAGCGUUGGAAGCACAACGAAAAGCAAAAAAUUCAAUUGAUAUGGCAAAUAAAUCGAUUAUCGGUAUCGAACAGGAUCUAAAAGAGGUAACAGGUAAAGCUGAAGAAGCCAAAGAUAAAACAGAAGAAGCGAAAGGCAAAAUUGGUUCCCUAAAUGAUCGAUUGAAUAAUUUGACGAAAAAAUUUACUGGAAAUAAAUUCAAUAUUGAAAAUGCUGAAAAAGAAGCAAUGGCUGCUUCAAGCAGUGCUGAAGAUGCUAACAAAUAUGUCGAUGAUCUGGAACGUAAAUAUCGAUUAGCAGCACAGAAAUUGGAUCAAAAAUCUAAAGUUAGUGAUGAUCUAAAGAAACGUGCUAAAGCUUUAAAAGAUAAUGCAUCAACAUUGUUGAAUAAUGUAUCAGUGAAAUUAAAAUCAAUCGAAGAUUUCGAAAACGAUAUCGCUAAUAAUGAUCAAAAAUUGGAUGAUCUACGUCGUAAGAUUGAAGAAUUGGAUAAUGAAAUGAAAAAUCAUCUAGAAAAUAUUGAACGACAAUCGAAAUUUUAUCGUGAUUGUCAAGCUUAGAUGAUAAUUAUUCCAAAGAAUGCAACAAAAAAAAAUUUCAAUGUUUCUUCCGACCAAAUAAAAACAAAACACACAACCUAUACAUCCCCAUACAUAUAAACUUUUUUUUAUAUCUAUUCAUCUUAUCAGCUUAUCUUUUUUUUAUAUCAUUAUAUAAUGA